GCAAACGUGAUACUAGUGCAAAACUGAAUUACCAAAAUUUAUGUGUAGCCAUAGCAUUUCUAAUUUCUUGUUGUUCUUGUAAUCAUCAUGGGAAAGAAUAAACAAGCGCAACGAACCAAAAAUAAUGCAAGACCAUCAAAUAGCAGCAGAAGUGCGGAACUUUUGGGUACUUCAAUACCAAACUUUGUUGGUUUCUCAGCUGUAAAGGAUGGGGGAUACGUGCCUGUAUUACCAGGUUUAACACUUUGCAAUACAAAUGAGGUUGAAAUGAAUAAUGUUGAUAGUAAUUUUCAAAUAGUAUUAAAGAAAAUGAAUAAGAAAGAUUCAACGACCAAAAGCAAGGCCUUACAAGAAUUUGCAAUUAUGUGUAGAGAUUCAGAAAUAUCUGCUGUGGAAGGAAUGUUACCAUUUUGGCCACGUUUGUAUUGUGCUUUAGCAAUAGAUGUGGAACAUAGAGUAAGGGAAGCUGCUCAGUUAGCACAUGCAGCUGUUGUAAAACGUGUAGGCAAGAGUAUAGCAAUGUAUUUAAAACAAUUAGCUGGAGCUUGGUUUACUUCACAAUAUGAUACAUAUCCACCUGCUGCAUCAGCUGCUAGCAAUUCUUUCAAUGAUACAUUUCCACCAAAAAAAGUUAUUGAUGCCAUUGUGCAUUGUCAACGUGAAAUCUUAACUUAUAUCUGUGAUAACAUUAUUGUUUAUAAUGCGCAAUCUUUAUCUAUACAAAAGAAUCUUACUGCAGAAGAAAUGGAAACAAGAUAUCAGAGGGUGCUAAUAUCCAGUUUACAAGCAUAUAGUGUUUAUCUAAAGAAAGUUCCUACUCAAGAAAUUGAAAAAAUGAUUGAUAUUCACAGUAAAAUAAUAUCCAAUAACAAAUUUUGGAAACUAGUUAGGUACGAUGCUCUCAGAGUUAAAACAGCAUUUUUUACUGUAUUAACAUCAAUGAUUGGAAGUGCUAAUGUACUAUUAGAAAAUGAAAAAAAGAGAACUGUAACAACUAUCAUGAAUGGUCUUGAUGAAACAGAGCCUGCAUUGUUGUCAGCUGUAUGGGAAUCUGUGAUUAUAACUAUAAACAACAUAGAGGAUUGGUACAGUGUAGUAAAUAUUGAAAAAUUAGUAUUACCGAAACUAUGGCGUGUUCUACGAAAUGGAGGGCACUGUUGCGCUAGUAUUGUUUACCCAAAUUUAUUACCCUUUAUUAGUCAAUUCCCAAAACUAAAUGUUGAUCCCCAUUAUUUGUACAUAAAUUUCUUUAACAAUAUGCGACAAGGGUUUUCUGUCAAAAGUGUGCAAGUGAGUCGUUCUGAAAUGCUUGCGGUGACUACAUCGUUCGUUGAAUGUUUACGUUAUUCUGUUCUUUUGAAUGUUAACAAUGAAGAUCUAAGUAAUGCAUUGCUUAGAGAGGAGCUUAUACCAGUAUUAGAAGUUUGUUUAAAAGAGAAUAGUCCAAUGAAACAAAUACUUUUUUGUGAAAUUACUCAUCUAAUACGAUACUGGAGUAAAAAUCGACAUAAUGACGAUUAUAGAUCUUAUUCUUGUUUGAUACAAGAAUUUUGGCGAGAUCUUGAUACAUUAUUCACUUCGUUUGUUGAUACUAGCAAAAAUUCUGAAACAUUUGAUAUUUCAGAUACAAAUAAUUCUCAAAUAGAAUUUUUAAUGUCGUUAAAGACGAUCCCUGCUCAUAGCCGUAAAAAUUUAAAAGUAAAAUUCUAUGAUUCGGAGGAAAAAGUAAUAACUCAAAUUCAAACACAAGAUACAAAAACUGAUACCGAUACCGAGUUCCUCUCUGAACUUAAUAAUUUUGUCAAUUCUCUUUGCGUAAAAUAUUUUAAUCAAAUUACUGAAAGACGUGCAAAAAAAUAUGUCAUAUAUUUAAACAAGCUUAUAACAUGUUUUGAGAGCGAUGAACUUACGAAAUAUCUGUCCAAAUUUCUUAAAGAGCAAAUAAAUUUUCUUAGUUUAUGGGAUGAAAUUUUACGAAAUUGGUUAUUAGAACAAUCAAUAGAAACUGAACAUAUAAUAGAACUCAUAUUCAAUCUAAUGAAGUACAUGAAUGAUUCUGAGCGAAACGAAAUUUUGAAAUCAUUAACAGAAUUUGAUGACAUUAUAACUAUAAGAAGUGCUUUACAAUGUGCUCUAUCUAAGAAAUAUAGAAACGAUGUUAUAGUAAAGAAAUGGUGUUCACAAUCUAAGAUUACUAAUUUACUAAUAGAUGUAACAAAAGAAAUUGUUUUAGGGAAUUAUUCUGAUUUGGAAAAGAAUCAGAAUCUUAUUUUAUUAGCCUUUGAACCUUUAGAUGAUGGCAAUUUGUUAAUAGAAAAGGAAGGAGUAAACAAAAUUAUAUCUAUACUUUGCAAUUCAUUUCAUGAAAUAGAUGAGACUUAUUUGUUAGAUUUUGCUAAAUUAAUUUCAUCUAUCGUUCCAUUAACGUGGAAUCACAAAGAAACAAUAAUUGGAGCGGUACAAAUGUUAGGAAUUCUUUUCGAAUUGCGCUCACAUAACUAUUUCAGUAGUAAUUUUAUUUUCAUUGAUACAAUGCGAAACGUAUGGAAAAAAGGUCUUUUGGAAGCCAUUCAAAAACUUCCACAAUCAGAAUUUAUUGAUUUAACUAAAAAACUUGCGACUUCUAUGUGGAAAAAAAUAUAUAAUCAAAAUGAAGAACUCAAUAAAGAAAUAUUGGUGGAUAUAGCAGUUGAUUUCCUUGAAAUUAUACUUGAUAACGAAGUUUAUGUACAGGAAGACUGUGCAGAAGAAAUUAUUUUAACAUUUUUAACAGAUUCUGAUAUAACAACAUGGAUGACUGAAAUGACUGAAAUAAUCAUAUAUGGUGAAGUAAUAACUGGUGCACUUUAUGUGACAUCUCUCCAUCAAAAAAUACAAAUUCAUCAAAAAUAUUUAUCCAUUGAUAUAACAAAUAAUAUAGUCACGGAUAAUAUUGGAAAUUGCUUACAAUGGGCAUUAUUUAAUAUAAACCUAUUAAAUAAUUUAUGCUUAAGAUCGAACAAUAAAUGUGAAACAGAAACAUCCAAUGUUGAAAAAUUAUUUAUACACAAUUUAAAUUUACCAGGGGUUAUAAAUCUAUUAAUAAAUGUUAUAUAUACAAUUAUAUUAGGAGAAAUUUAUUCUAAACAUUAUAAAUUUACUAUGUGCUAUGAUAAUGUAAAUAAUACUUUGAUGACUGUACAAGAUACUUUUAAACAGUUACAGAUGUAUAUUAAUGAAGAUACAUUUAAUGAAAUUCUUGAUUACAUAAAAAUAAAUUAUUCAAAAUAUGGGAGUAUGUUAUCGUACAUAAUACACUUUUGUUGCACUGAAUUAUGUCUUAACAAAAAAUCUAAAAAAUUAUUUGAAAAUUAUAAAAAUAAUGAUAUAUUUACUGUAAAUGAAGAAAUAAUGCUACAAAGUCUCCAGGUUUUAUCAGAAUUUCAAGAAUUAGAGGAUAUUUCAGUAUCAACAGAUAAUGAUAUUUAUGAAUUAAUAGCAGCAAGGAGUGUAUUAAUUAAUCAAGAAGAUAGUUUGAAAUAUUCUAACAUUUUGAAAAAAAUAAUAUCUUAUGAGAAGGAAAAUCCUUCUUUAUUACUUCUUGAUUGUGAAAUUUCUAAAGUUUCAUGGGAUAAAUUAAAUUUACCUUUGGAACUUAUAAGAUUAUUAACGGAACUCGUGAAUAAAAUUCCAUCUAAGUUAACAUACGAACAUUGGAACUUUAUCUUAAUAUCUUUAGUUUUGUGGCAGCUUUCUAUGAUGAAUUCAAAACAAAAUGCCAAUGAUUUUAAGGUGUUUGCAUUUACAAUAGCCAUUUGUCAACUUUAUCACGCACUCCAAAAUUUCAUGAACAAGCACGAACGAGAACAAAUAUCAGAAAUAUCGCCAACGUUAUUAGAUGAAUGGAAAAAUGUUUUUGUUACUGAUGUACAAAGUGGAAUCAUUCAAUGUUGGAUGUCUUAUGCAGGUUUAUACAAUGAAAAAACAACUGGUUUGAAACCUGUCAUUUUAUUGGAUUAUUUAGGGAAAGCUAUAAAAAUAUUAAAUGGAAACGUAAUUUUCAAAAGUGCAUCAAACAUAUCUCUUACAACAACUGUUAAAUUGGCAUUGAAUUUACUGCAGUCUCCUGUAGCCAGUAUACAAUUAGGUGCAUAUCAUGUAUUAAAACAUGCAGUACCAGAACUUGUGCAACAAGACAAAGCUACUGUUGAAUUAGAAAACUUUGACGUAAAUACUCUGAAUAUUAAAAAAAUGGAAGAUAUUCUUCAAAAUACGCAAAAUAUUGUAAAUACCAUUUUAAUGGAUUUCAAAUUAUGCGAUACUGUGAGUUGUACUAUUGAACCAUAUACAGAUUCUUAUACUUACACAGUUGGAUAUUUACUAUCAUGGGCUACUAUUCUAAAUAUGUGUGCAAAUGCUCAUGGGGAUUUGCUAUAUCAAUAUGCAGAGAUACUUAAAGAUGAUUUUUUCCCUAAUUUAUUAAAUAAUAUAUUUCGAUUAAUGCCAGUGGAAGUACUUCAAGACAAUAAGAUCAAGGGGGCAAAAUUAAUGGAAAUAUUUUCUACUGAACCAUCUCUAGAUUUUGGUGAAGGUUGGACGGAAUGGAGACUAGACCAUAUUGUAUGUUGGUUAUAUACGAACAGUUUGAGACAUUUGCCAGUGUUGGUAAGACAAUGGUGGAGCACCGCCGAUAGCAGAGUUAGUGCCGCUGUGGACAAGAUCACAACACAUUAUGUUAGUCCUAUGCUUUGCCAAGAAGAGCUUCUGAAUAAUAAACUACAUAACAUUGAAAACAUGCAAGUAAAGGUACAUCCAACAUUCCGUGAAGUAGUAGCUUUGUACCAAAUGGAUGAUACAAAAUUGGAACUUAAUAUUGUAUUACCGCCCAAUCAUCCUUUGGGACCAGUUACCGUUGAACCUGGACAACAUGCAGGUGGUACUGCGAAUUGGCGAAAUUGUCACAUGCAGUUGUCCAUAUUUCUUACACACCAGAAUGGGUCUGUAUGGGAUGGAUUAGCAUUAUGGAAAAGAAAUUUGGAUAAGAAGUUCGCUGGCGUGGAAGAAUGUUAUAUAUGUUUCAGUAUUUUUCACAUAAACACCUAUCAAAUACCGAAAUUAUCUUGUCAUACAUGUCGUAAGAAGUUUCAUACUGCAUGUCUGUAUAAAUGGUUCAAUACAAGUCAAAAGUCCACAUGUCCAAUUUGUAGGAAUAUAUUUUAA